GGCGGGGCCUGAAUUCCAAAGAGGAAUGAGUUUCCUCCCGCUACGUCACUCCGGGAUCGGCAGCAGCGAGCUAACGAACAACGCUGUCAGUCAACGGGGUUUCGAGCUCAUUACCUACGCUUCCUCCGGACGGGAGCCCGAAGCAGGAGAAAGUAGCCUUGCCUUUCGUGGGUUUAGGCUCUGGGAUUAAAGUGAUCGCCCGUCCCACCGCUUUCGUCGAAACUGCCAGCGGGGAUUCAUGCUGUGUUGGGUUAGCUAAAUGCGGUACGAAGCUAAAAUGAUGCCGAUGUUCCUGACUGUGUACCUCAGUAACAAUGACCAGCAUUUUACUGAGGUUCCCGUUACCCCAGAGACGCUGUGCCGGGAUGUGGUGGAGCUGUGCAAGGAGCCCGGGGAAACGGAUUGCCAUCUGUCUGAGAUGUGGCGUGGAUCUGAGAGAGCUGUAGGUGACGGGGAGAGAAUGCUGGAUGUGCUCCAACGAUGGGGACAGCACAGGGCAGAAGUGCGCUUCUUUUUGCGUCACAACCGAGCCCCUAACAGAGAACCAGCGGGCUCAAGAAUCCCCGAGUCGAAGAGAAACGGAGUAAAAGGUCCCCCAGACAGAAGGAUGGAGAACGGGGUGGCGACGCCGCGGAUGGACAUGACGCUGGCCGAGCUUCAAGAGAUGGCUGCCAGACAGCAGCAACAGAUAGAAGCUCAACAGCAACUCCUCGCUUCUAAGGAGCAACGGCUGCGCUACUUGAAGCAGCAGGAGCAGCGUCAGCAGCAGCAAGCGUCUGAGCAGGAGAAGCUCCAACGCCUCAGAGAAAACAUCGAAAACCAGGAAGCUCGGCUCAAGAAGGUCCGGGCCCUCAAGGGCCAAGUGGAGCAGAAACGGCUCAGUAAUGGCAAACUGGUGGAAGAGAUAGAACAAAUGAAUAACCUCUUCCAGCAGAAGCAGAGAGAACUAGUUAUGGCUGCUUCCAAGGUGGAGGAGCUCAGCCGACAGCUGGAAUUGCUCAAAAAUGGCAAAAUGGACAAUUUCCAUGACAACCAGAGCUCAGUGGCUGAACUCGACCGCCUCUACAAGGAGCUACAGGUGAGGAACAAGCUCAAUCAGGAUCAAAACUCAAAGUUACAGCAGCAGAGGGAGAGUCUAAAUAAGCGCAACCUUGAGGUGGCUGCAAUGGACAAACGGAUCAGUGAGCUCCGAGAUCGGCUGUGGAAGAAGAAGGCAGCCCUGCAUCAGAAAGAAAACUUGCCUAAUGGCUAUCCUGUUAAAGAGAGGGCAUCAAAAGACACUCAUCUUCAGCUGCCCUCUGAUGGCCAAGCUGGACAGCAGUCUGGUCCGUCUCGUGUGGCAGCGGUCGGCCCAUACAUCCAGUCGUCCACGAUGCCCCGGGGCCAAGUGAGGCAUGAUCUGCUCGUGAAACCUGCAUACCCAGACGGCACUGCCACUCUACCAGCCCACGAUCCACAGAGCAAGGCCGGCACAGGCCUUCAGCCAUCCAAGCUGGCAGACUGGAGCUCUUCAGGUCCAGAAUCUAACACCAACGGCCAUGGUCCAGCCUCAACUCUGCCACGAAUGUCCUCUCAAUCCAACUCCAACACAGAACAAGAUGAGUCAGAACUGAAGAGGGACAGGAAAGUGCGUCCAUUUUCCAUGUUUGAGCCAACCGAGGUUCCUGCUACCUCCCUCCGCAAAAACCAGAGCAGUGAUGACCUGGUAAGGGAUGCUCAGUCUGCUCCCAAGCCUCCUGUCAAGGUGCCCCCCCCUGUUCCCACCAAACCCAAAGGCCCAGGUGUUGUGCCCUACGGCAAACCUGGCUUCAACACGGGCACCUUCCCUAAAGCCAAGCCCCACGGUCAGCAGCCCCCACCUGCCCAGGGCCGCAGCCCUCUCACACCCUCACAGAGCCAGACACUCCCGCUACCCUCCAAACAGGACACUCCACCUGCAGCUACGGUACGACCCUUCACCCCGGAGCUGCCCGCCUCCAAAGACGCCAACCUGACUAAACCACAGACCGUAGCCGCCAGCUCCAUUUACUCCAUGUACACGCAGCAGCCUGGCUCAGCGAAGCCCUUCCAGCCUGGUCCACAGAGCGCUCUCCACAGGGCUCAAACCCGCAACAAUGGAUUUGUCAGUGUGUAUGGUAAACCAGUCAUACCCAGUGGAGGCUCCCAAUACCCAGAGAACCCGUACCUGGAGCGCCGCUCCCCUGGCCCAGAAUAUGAAACUGACCACAGCGGAGCCAACAACGUGGGCCCCGGUCCAUCUGAGGGUCCCCACCCUGAAACGGAGCGUAUCCCCCGACCCCUCAGCCCUACCAAGCUGCUCCCCUUCAUUUCCAACCCCUACAGGCAUCAGAGUGAUGGAGACCUGGAGGCGCUAAGGAAGAAGCUCUACAAUGCCCCGAGACCACUGAAGAAACGCAGCUCCAUCACUGAACCCGAGGGCCCCGCAGGGCCCAACAUCCAGAAACUCCUCUAUCAGAAAACCACGCUGGCAGCUAUGGAAACCACUGUGACCACACCAACCACUCCCACCUUUACUGGAGAAGUAGAAAAACCGACAGAUGGUCCAGGCGGUCCAAGCCCUCUCAGUGGUUCAGAUAACCAUGCAUCUGAGACGGGACAAACUCUGGAGGGAGGACAGCUCCCGUCCCACAUCCCAGGUCCUAACGUCCCUGUUUCAGCCUCUACUGAAAUGCCCAAACCACCUUCAUCCUUUCCGGAGAGCGAGGAAAUUGUGCCCCCUCCUCCGCCAUCCCACCCAGCCCCCAGACCUGAAGAUGUCAUUUUCCCACCGCCGCCCCCUGCUGGCCCGGAGGACACAAUGCCCAACCUGCCUCCCCCACCCCCAGAGGGCUUCCUGGAAGAGUUCCCCCCCUACCCACCACCUCCGUACCCCAGUGGAGCUGAGCAGGACAGUUUAGGAGAAGACACCUUCAACAUGAAGGCACCUGAGAUCACUGGACAGGUCACACUUCCACCGGGAAAGAGGACCAAUUUGCGCAAGCCAGGCUCUGAACGCAUCGAUCACAGCAUGAGAGUGAAGUUCAACCCACUGGCUCUACUGCUGGACUCGUCUCUGGAGGGAGAGUUCGACCUCGUCCAGAGGAUCAUCUAUGAAGUGGAGGAUCCCAGUCUGCCCAACGAUGAAGGCAUCACCGCCCUACACAACGCCGUCUGUGCCGGGCACACGGACAUUGUGAAGUUUUUGGUUCAGUUCGGCGUCAACGUCAAUGCUGCCGACAGUGACGGCUGGACGCCUCUUCACUGUGCUGCAUCCUGCAACAAUGUUCAAGUGUGCAAGUUCCUGGUGGAGUCUGGUGCAGCAGUGUUUGCCAUGACUUACAGCGACAUGCAGACAGCAGCAGAUAAAUGUGAAGAGAUGGAAGAGGGCUACACCCAGUGCUCUCAGUUCCUUUAUGGCGUGCAAGAGAAGAUGGGCAUCAUGAACAGGGGCGUGGUCUACGGUCUGUGGGACUACCCCGGCGAAAACCCCGACGAACUGUCGUUCCGCGAGGGAGACUGCAUGACCAUCGUCCGAAGAGAAGACGAAGAUGAGGUGGAAUGGUGGUGGGCACGCAUGGGUGACGCCGAGGGUUACAUCCCCCGCAACUUGUUAGGGCUCUACCCCAGAAUAAAACCAAGACAGAGAACCCUGGCUUAAAAACGCAAAGAUCCUUCCACAUUUCCAGUCCGGCGGGACUCAAACACAGGAAACCGCACGCAGGCUUUGACAGACGGGGGUAGAAAAGGACAUUGCUGAAAUGAAGAGACAAACAGACAGACCAAACAAUAUGAAGGACUAACUACUUCUGGCACUUUUCUGUAAACAUCAGAAGGAUUCUCCCUCACUUAUUUUUCUUGGCCACACUGUGUACUGUGUACUUGAGACACUAAUGGCCUUGUUUUCCUUUACUUCUCCAUUGUGUUUAUUGUUUUUCUAAUUAGUGUCUGUAACUAUUUCUAAAGUGACAGAGGCUCUAAUGGUGGGAUGUAAAUGGAACAAGCAGUAUUUUUUUAUCCCUGAUUUUUACACUUUUGAGUAGUCGUUUAAGACAUUGUCGUCUGGGAAGUUGGUUAUUUGCUAAAACACUACAUCUAGAUCGCAUGAAAUGCUGUUUCCAUGACAAUCUUUGGGGGCUCGUUUCUCAUCGUCCUUGCUGAGUGACAGGUGCCUCAUUACAGCUGCACUACAGGUGUAAAGUCUCAGUGACCAUCACUGUUCCGGAUAAACAAAAUGAAAUGACCGGCGGUAAUAAUGGUGAAGAAGCUUUCGAUAGAUCUAUCAUUCUGUGGUCAAUGAUACCCGCAGUGCCAGGCUCCUUUCUCGCACUGGCAUGUGGUUGAGAUACCAUAGAUAAUGUGUAUACGUGUAUUUCUGUCACAAAAUCUAGUGUAAUGCGACCGUAGGACUUAUAAACCAACUUUCAAACUCUUGAAGAGGCCCUCCCACCAGGAGAGAGAUGCCAUGCAGUAUGAAUUUCAAUAUUUGAUUAUAUUUUAAUAUUCCAUGACAGUGCAGCAAUGUAAGAAAGCAAUACUAGAAACCUUGACUUUUUUGUAGUAAUCACUUAGAGAUAACCCACUAUGUUGUCAUAUUGUGUCUUCAAAGCAAAAAUUUAAAAAAAAAAAACAUAUAAAUCAAAAAAGAUGGAACCCAAAACUCAUCACAUAUCUGUCACUGCAAAUGUAUUUAUUUUUGUUACUUUUUUCUUUAGCCCUUGUGUCAGAACUAUAACCAAUGUACUGUAGUAUUUCAAACAUUUACAAUAAAAUACUUUUUACAGA